AUGACAUUUCAGUCAGGUGAGCAAGUUCUUCUUAAAGUGUCACCCAUAAAGGAGGUGAUGAGAUUCGGCAAGAAGGGCAAGCUCAAUCCUCGAUACAUCGGUCCAUUUAAGAUUCAUGAUUGUGUAGGGCUAGCAGCUUAUAGGUUUUCUUUACCGCCUAGCCUAUCUGGAGUCCAGCCAGUGUUCCAUGUGUCUAUGUUGAAGAAGUAUCAUAGGGACGGAGAUUACAUCAUAAAGUGGGACUCAGUUUUGUUAGACAAUGACCUUCAGUAUAAGGAGGAACCAGUUGCAAUUCAUGAUCGCGAUGUCCAGAAGCUGAGGACCAAGGAGAUAAAUUUCGUAAAGGUUCAAUGGAAGCAUCGUCCGGUUGAGAAAGCCACUUGGGAAACCGAGAAGGACAUGCGAGACAAGUACCCCCAGUUAUUCAACUAUUCAGACCAAGAACAAGCUGAAAGACUUUGGAAAGGGAAGGCUCAAGUGUCUUGGGAGUAUUCAGGCUUGGUUUCGAGGCAGGCAGCUACUGACAGACCUCAGUUAGGAGAUUAUUGA